CACAUGCAAAAGCCUGCAAAACCAUACACAGAGAGAGAGAGAGAGAGAGAGAGAGAGAGAGAGAGAGAUAUGGUGAAGAAAAUAAGUGAACUGUGAGUGGAGGACUUGGUUCUGGCAGGGCUAGCUAACCGUUGAAGACGCCAAGGAUUUCGAAACAGUCCUAAAAAUAUACAAUCUCCCGCACGAAAGCAAUGGACCCGAAAGAGAUAUGGCGGCAUAUAGUGGCUGAGAGAUUGCUGAAAGCAUCACACACUCAUUAGAUGCACCAGUUGAUCUACUACUCAGUCUAUGCCAAUUGAGAUGCCUUCACCAAAGGCCCUCCUCUCUACUGGUUCCCUUCUUUAUACCAGUCGAGACAUACAAACUUGGGGUGAUUGAUGGAACAGUAUGGUUCAGAGCUUUUAGGAACAUCAUGUAAGGAUCCCAUAACAAGUUAUAGCUUCUCCCAGUAAAUUUCUUUUCAUAAUCCCGAGUCCUACUGGUCAGUUGUUCUAAAAGAGCUCUCAGUUUCAUUUCGAGAAGCACCAAACUGUAUUGAGGCAUGAAGGCUGCGAUGAUGAUUCUUUUGUUAAUCAUAUGACAUUAAAGGAACUUCGGGAACAAGUAAUUUGUCUACGACAUAAUUGACAGGUUGGUGGCUAAUGCGCCGGAUACAACCUUUUCAACGGGUGAUGCAAUUGCUAUUGACAUGUCAAUGACAGUCAAUAGCAAUCGUACUAGCAGGAUUUGUUGUUGUCCCAUUAGCGGACAGUUUUGCUGUGAACAAAAUUGCAACUCUGUCUGCACGCGUAAAGCAAAGGGCGUCUUUAUAGGAUUUCAUACUAAGAGGAGGUCGAAGGUUUCCUCUCUACAGUCGAGUUGCAGAGGCGGCUACACAUUUAGCUACUUCAGCAAUUGGAAGCAAUGUAGGGAUUCAGUUAAGAGAACAGGAUCUAUCCUGAAAGAACUACUGCUCUCCAGUCUACAGACAAUCGAUUCCGUGACUAAUAUUCUCUUUUCAUCUGGAACCACAGAUCUCCUCUCGGUCAUGGCUUCGGGAAAAUUUGUUCUGGAUUCAGGGGUCACUAUAUUGGGAACAAUUCCUAGCUUAGUAAAAGCUUGGAAGAGUACAAUAUCAUUUUCUUCCACUGGUGAAAUGUCUAGUUGAUGAUGACCUUUGGCUCGCUUCCCGCGCUUAUUACAGACCUGUCAUUGAAUGUUGUUGGGGCACAGAGCUUGCUUCGUCCUACAUCAUGGGAAGUCUGCUGCAGCCGCAAGCUUUUGGAGAAUUUAGCACAAAGUCGAUGAAAACAGGCUUUGUCAUCUUUGAUGAACAUGGAAUUCCUUAUGUAAGUACAUGAUUAGCGAGUUUCUAAUUGUGGUUCUCCUUUAACUACUGCAAUCACCUACCUGUCACUCGUUUACAUCAUGCUAGCUAGUUCCGGGAUAUGUUUCUCUCUUGUGACGGAACAUCAAGGAACGAAGUCAACUCAUUGAUGUUAUUAGGCUGAUGUCAAUAUCUUUGAUCUGCUUGAUCAUGCAGCCAGAAAAGCAAGCUUGUGUCCGGGAAGUGAGUUUGUUUGCGCUAUUAACGGGAGCGACUGACAUACUGCCAAAUGCUGCUCAUGAAAAGGUUUACUUCAAGGGAAUGCCAAUGUACAAUGGAACGGUACGAUUAGAACUACUUGUCUUUCAGUACUUGAACCUCUUGAUAUGCUUAAAUAUGAACUUAUCGAUGUUUUUGAAUCACCUGCAACUUAGGAGAUAUGGAGACAUAGUUAAAAGAACCGUUGGACGUUCAGUUCCUCUCAUAGACAUACUUGAACCUCUUCAUAUGCUUAAAUGUGAACUUAAAUCUGUUGAAUUCUCUCA